AUGCAAGACGAACCGACGCGCGCGCGUGAUUUCCCUACGCUCGGACUUGGACAUUCGCCGACGGGUGCGACAUCUCACACCCGAUCACUUGUUGCGAACGAAAAAGUAGAAGAGCUAAUAGAUGAAGUGCAAAAAAGGCCAGCGUUAUACAAAAAAGACUUGAAGCAAUACUCCGAUGUAAAUAUUAAGAAAAAAUUAUGGGAGGAAGUCUGCGAAGUUUUAAUAAGUAAUUGGGCAGAACUCAGUGUGAAUGAAAGAAAAGAACAAGGUCAUGAAAUCCAAAGAAAAUGGAAUAACUUGCGGACUUGCUUCGCUAGAGAACUGAAAGCUCAAAAGUCGGUAAAAUCUGGACAAGCAGCUUCAAAACGGCGGCCAUAUGUUUACUUUGAUCGCAUGUUGUUUUUAAUACCUUGUAUGGAAUCGCGACCAACUGAACGUAGUAUUGAAAACAGUGAAUCAAACCAGGACAUACAUCAUACCCGCAACGGAAACGGAAAAUUAAAAAACCCAACUUAG